GGCCAUGAAUUCACACUGCUUCUCUUCCAAAAGGGGUAGAGAUCGGUGCCGCCAUUUUGUCAUCAGUUGCCCAAAGAAUGGACGUUAUGUCAUUUCGGGAGACACCCGGAAUCAUGAAAGCCUCGCCGAAUUGAUCAGAUACUACCAGAAGUCUGAAAUUGAGCCAUUUGGAGAGAAUCUUACUGUGACCUGUUCAAAGCCGGAAGAAAAAAACAUAUAUGAUGAAAUUUCUCUGGAGCAGAGAACGCCUGCGAAGCAAAGUCCAGAACUGGUCAGGCAAGGAUGUAGCAGCUCUCCUACCACCAGCCCUGCAGAGAUGGACAUUACUAGUCAGCGGUCUGUGAAGUUGAGGCAGACGCUUCAAGAACAUCAGAAGUCCCUGUCGAAGGAGAGGCAAGGCUGGAGCCUGGAGGCUCACCCGGAAGACGAGCCUGAUGCAACCCCACCCAUUCCAGACAGGAGCACUUCGUUGAUGGCAGAAUAUUUCGAGGAGGCCUCUGGAAACGAUGCAACUGCUUACACUUUACCAAAGCACCUGAAAGAUAAAACCUUGGAGGACACACCCGACGCGGAUCAAUCUUUUGCCGAUCGCCCACCAGGUCUAGACGAUCCUGGCCUCCAUCACAAAAAUACGAGUCUUAAGCCAUUCGAUAAAUUAUACGGCAAAAAAUCCGAGGAGGCUGGCUGUCCAGGAAUUACCUAUUCGGAAAUUAGCGUAGACCAACACAAGAGCACUUUGACCCACCCAGAGACCCAGAGCAGUCCACCUUUCUCUCUUACCAUGCCAAGAAAGUCCAGCCUGAAUUCUCCUCCCAAACUAUCCCCCAAAUUACCCGAUAAACCAAAGACCUCCAUGGAGUCCCAAAGAUUACAGGAAGAGCCGCUGGUAUCAUAUUCAACCUCUACGACAACUAGUGAAAGGCGUCAAAUGCUGUCCCCUUCCGAGACUUUCUCUGAUUCCUCCGGGGCUGACUUGUACGGCCAAAUCCAUAAACUGAAAUCACAGAAACCCACCCUGCCCCUUGGUGAUGACCCUUACGAGCGAAUUCCUUUUGAGUGGCCUAAGCGCAGGGUCCAUGAGCGUGAUUCAGAAAGCCUUCCGAAAUCUUCGGCGCUGAAGGCCAAAGAGGUUUACAAACAAGCCUGUGCAAAGAGCAGCCGCUCAUCCAGGACACAGAACUAUUCCGAGAAUACGUACGAAAAGAUCCCGGCGCAUUUAUCCAAAAGCUCAUCGACAAAGCAUGUUGGCGCUGGAGAUGACAUCUAUGAGAAAAUUUCCUUUGUCCCUGGGAAAGGAGCAGGGGUGAAGCCAAGUCAAAAGAAUGAUAAACCCAGAAGAUUUCUCUUUGCCGAUAAGAAGGCUAAAUUCUGAGUUUGCGGCUUGAUCUUGAACCAAAGCGUGGCCUG